CGACGCAAUAUUAGCUUCCAGGUUCUUGACUCCUGCCACCACCACCAUGGAGAAGGGUGUUGCACACCCCUCAUUCCUUCUGCCCGUCCAGAACGUGCAGGCGCCGAAGCCCAAGCGCCAAACGCGCGCCAGAGCCCUGCGACUCGCGCUCGUCGCGCUCGCAGCGCUCUCCGCUACCUGGACGUACCUCUCGCUAUCGCACUCCCCGUCCCAUGCCGUCGCCGUGCCCAUGAACGCGCAGAGUGUGCUCGCGCACUGUGCUGCACUCAAGCUGACUCCGGGCCCGCCAGACGACUUCCACUCGCGCACCGUGUCGGACCGUUUCCAGAAGGGCACGAAGGCGACGCUGAUUAAGAACGCGACGAUCUGGACCGGUGCUGAGGACGGACACGAGAUUGUCUAUGGCGACAUCUUGCUCGAUAAUGGUAUAAUCCAGCAGGUCGGGGAAGUUGAUGUCAGCGCGUACAAGCAUGUGUCGGUGCUCGACGCCGCUGGCGCUUGGGUCACACCUGGUAUUGUUGACCUCCACUCCCAUCUCGGAGUUUACAGCGCUCCUGCUUUGGAGGGUGCGUCGGACGGCAACUCGGUUGCGGGUCUCACACUUCCUUGGAUGCGGUCCUUGGACGGUCUGAACACGCACGACGACGCCUACCGCCUGUCUAUUGCCGGAGGUGUGACCACCGCGGAUGUGCUUCCCGGAAGCGCAGAUGCUAUCGGUGGACAAGCGUUUGUGAUCAAAUUGCGCCCUACGGCGGAGCGUUCGUCAUCCGCGAUGCUUCUCGAGCCUCCCUUCACGCUCAACGGGACGUUCGUCGACCCUACGAAACGUCCCCGCUGGCGCCAGAUGAAGCACGCCUGCGGAGAGAACCCGUCCCGUGUCUACUCGGGAACCCGCAUGGACACACAAUGGGCUUUCCGCCAAGCCUACGAGACUGCGCGCCUCAUCAAGGAGAAGCAAGAUGCGUUCUGCACCAAAGCUGAAGCAGGCCUAUGGGCCGGGCUCGGUGACUUCCCGGACAACCUUCAAUGGGAGGCGCUGGUCGACGUGCUCCGCGGUCGCGUCAAAGUCCAAAACCAUUGUUAUGAGGCGGUUGAUUUCGACGGCAUGAUUCGACUCACCAACGAGUUCAAGUUCUCGAUCGCGACUUUCCACCAUGCUCACGAGGCGUACUUGGUUCCUGAUCUGAUUAAGAAGGCUUACGGCAAACCCCCUGCGAUCGCGAUUUUCGCCGGGAACGACAAGUACAAGCGUGAAGCCUACCGUGGCUCGGUGUUUGCACCACGCAUCCUGGCUGACAACGGUCUCGAUGUGGUGAUGAAGAGCGACCAUCCUGUCAUUGACUCGCGGCAUCUCAUCUACGAGGCCCAGCAGGCGCACUACUACGGCCUGCCUGCCCAUUUGGCACUCGCGUCUGUGACCACUACUCCGACCAAAGCAAUGGGGAUGGAACACCGGAUCGGCAGUCUCAUUGCUGGAUUUGACGCUGAUGUCGUCGUUUGGGACAGCCACCCGCUGACUCUGGGAGCAACGCCCUCCCACGUGUUCAUCGACGGUAUCGCCCAGCUCGAGAAGCCACACAUUCUGGUCAAACCCAAGUCGUUCCAGAAGGUCCCGGCCACGCCCGACUUCGAGAAGGAGACCAAGGCCGCGAUCGAGUACGAGGGCCUGCCUCCGCUGGAGCCCGUUAAGGCGAAGUCGGAUGUGGUCGUGUUCCAGAACGUCGGCAGCAUCUUCUCGAAGGACCAGUCGACGCGCCGGAUCACGCAGAUCUUCGGUGCGGCCAGUACUGCUGAGCAGACAUCUGUCGUGGUUGAGAAGGGGCAGAUCGUGUGCACUGGGAACUGUGCCGUGGCGCAAGAUGCGGAGUAUAUCGACCUGGAGGGAGGCAGCAUCACUCCCGGCUUCAUCACGUAUGGCAGCGGGCUUGGACUGUCGCAUAUCACCGACGAAUAUUCGACGGUAGAUGGUAAUGUCCUCAACCCUUUGGAGGACACCAUCCCCGAUAUCGUCUCGAGCACUGUCAUCAAGGCUGUGGACGGUCUCCUAUUCGAGACCCGGAAUGCGCUCACUGCUUAUCACGCCGGUGUGACGGGUGCCAUCACUGACCCAGUCGGCGGAUUCCUGACUGGCUUGGGAACCUACUUCAGCACCGGAGCCGCCCACAAGCUCUCCGAUGGGGCCAUCAUCCAGAGCGUCACCGGGCUGCACGUCAAGCUGUCGAUGUCGGCUGGGGCCAGUGUCAGUACGCAGGUCGCAGCUCUCCGCCGCCUGUUGCUUGGAAAGGGAAAGGGGGACAUUGGUGAGCAGUUCAGCCAGGUCACGGACGGGAAGAUCCCGCUCGUCGUAUACGCCGAGAGCGCGGAUAUCAUCGCGACUCUGCUCGUCCUGAAGAAAGAGGUGGAGGCCAGCACCGGCAAGGCGUUCAAGCUGACCAUCACUGGCGCCACCGAAGCGCACCUGCUCGCAAAGGAGCUCGGCGCGGCGGGUGUCGGCAUUAUCCUCAACCCGCGGCCGUUCCCGGGUCUCUGGGAGCAGCGCCGUGUGCUGGCCGGCCCGCCGCUGACGCACCGAAGCGCGAUCGCCACGCUCGUGUCGCACAACGUGACCGUCGGGAUCUCGACCUUGGAGCCCGCGCUGGCUCGCGGCAUUCCCUUCGACGUGUACUGGGCCGGCAUCGAGGCGGACGGGCUGCUGUCCAAGGCGGAGACGCUGGCGCUCGGCUCGUCGAAUCUCGAGACGCUGCUCGGUGUCACCGAGGCCAGCACGGAUCUCGUGGCACGGAAAGGAGGGGACGACUACGAGGGCAAAGUGGUGGCGAUUAUCUCGGCGAGAACGAGCACGGUGGACCUGGUGUAAAAAUGGAAAUAGGAUGCGUUUCGUUUCAACCCUUCUGAUGAUGAUGAUUACGCGUGUCUGGUUUGGUCCGCACACGCGACGACCAUGUUCCAUCUCAACCUGCUUGGCGGCAUUCUCCAUCAUUCAUAGAAUAAGCAACCAGAUGUUCCAUGAGUGCAUCCAUUUUCUCACACAUCGGGGUCUAUAACCACAUCGCUGGAAGUGCAAGCCACCGCCGACCCCAAAAUCUGUCUGCACCGGCAGAUCGCAGCAGCGAUCGACCCCAGAACCCCAGAUGCCCUUGCAGAGGAGACGCAGCUGCAUGCGCCUUGCCAAGACCAUCCGAGAGACCUUCCCUACAGCACGCCUUCUGGUCCCCCUCCCGCCAAGAGAGGCAUCGAUCCUGUGCGAGAAGCAGGCUACUUUUGGCUCUGUCGUGCGAAUCAGGCCAACGCAGCUGGCAGCCGCUAUGUACGCUCGCUCUUCGACUUUCCUCUUGCGGACCGCCAAGCCAACGUCAUCUGCAUUGCGCAAACAUCUCCGUCGUCUCGGUUCUCCUGGACUGUCCCCGGCGCGUCGGGGCUCUGGCCGGUCGGACGGGCAGGUCUGAGGCUGGGCUCGGAAUGCCUAAUGCGAGCGCCUUCGUUGGUAGCGGUCGCUCGUCGCGAGAAGCUGAGGAAGACGAUGUGAUGGACGAGCACGCGAAGGCCCAUGUGAUGAACGCUGCCCCCUGUAAUCGUUCCUGCGCACCAAUCAGCGAGGCCCGGUCGUUGAUGCGCAACAGACAGAUCUCACACACAACACAGCUUGACUGCUCCCCUGGUAGCUUAGCACCACAUGAAUGUGGCUUCCUGAGCGAAUGAACUAUCCGAUAGUAGGCUUUGUUCUGGAUUGGGAGUGUUUCUUGCCGUGUUAACGCCGGACCGGUGGGCACCCCCGGCGCUUGUCCGGAUUGGGAGACAAAGUUUUUGUGGGUGCAGAUGGGUCCUUCGAGACAUUGUUCGCUUCCCCCCCCCUCUCUUUGACGCCACUCACUGCAGAGGAACCGCCCUCCUAGUAUGCGCCAGCGCACACUGCAUUCCAUCGCUCCUAGACCGGCACCUUUAUCAGCACCCACAAACUUUUAUCCCACCCAGCCCGUCCGGAAGCGUGAAAUCAUAUGAAAUCUCGAUCGGCGCACGAGUGUGUGUGCGCGUGUGUGUGUGAUGCGCGCUAAAGAAAGCAAGGUUCGGAGACACACGCACACGCGCACACUGCUCAUUGUCUGGCUGCUUCCAUCCGGGGCUACGAAUCCGCCUGCAGACACCGCUCCUUGUUCUCGUUUGGGACUGCCGGUGUUGUUUUGUCUCCAGCGCCAUUCCAUUCCAUCCUGCUGUCGUUCUGAUGUUGAUGACGAUGCAUUCUAUCGCCACGAUCAGGCCUCUGGGGUCCGUCCGCUAGCCCCAUUUGCGCGGUGCUGUGACGGGGUGUGGGUCCUCUGGGAGAAGAUUGUGCUGAACGCGGAUGGGUGCUACAUACUAGGACGGACGCAAGGGGAAGAAAGGUUCCCAGGAUCGACAUCGUGCUUGUCCGUUUUCGGAGAGGUGAUGAUGCGCCGAGGAUUUCUCGCCGUCUGUCUCGUUCUCUCGCUCUCUCCCGGUCCAGCCUGGGGUUCUUUGGUGACUACGCUUAACUGCUGAAUACGGGUGACAUGCUCAUCUUUUGUUCCCGGACUUUAUAUAAGAGGCUCGAUGUACGUCAGAUCCUAUUGUCUCUCUCCGCCGUUCCUCUUCUCCGUCUGCUGUCCGUCUGCUGUUCAUCUGCUGUCCCCCGUGCUUUCUUCUCUGCUGUCUGUGUAUUAUCUGUUGCGUUUCCGUGCAUCAUGCCCCGCUCGCCAUCAUCUCCCCGACCGCAUGCUUCGGUGAGUCUCGGGCCGGUAUGCCCGCCGCGUCUCUCCACUGACGACCCCUGCUCUCUCCAGACGUCCGACGUGAAUCCUCUUCCUGGCGCGAGCCUGCUGUUCCAGACGGCUGAGGAGGGGCUGUCCGCGAGGGCCGCGGAGUGGGGCGACGAGGGUGGGCCGCCGCCGCCGCCGCAGGGGCGUGCUAUCGGCGCCAGCCUCAGGAGGAGUGCUCGAAACCCCGUGCCCAAAUUUACCCACGGUGGCCCCCAACCCCGGAUAGCAGGAACCAAGAGCAGUAGUGCGUCGUCGUCGUCGUCCGUCCGUCGACCGAAGACGCGCCAAGACGCCGCGAUCCCCGGGCCAUCGUCGAAGCCCGUCAAACCACCUGCCGGCGGUGAGAUUAUGGUAAAUCGGUCGAGGCCGAGCCCGUGAUCCCGGCGCAGAUGGGCGGCCGAUACGCGCAGACGGCGGGCCAUCCAAACGGCCAGCCGCAUGCUCCAGGGCUUCUGCGCGCAGGGACUGCGCCGACCACCCGCCGCCACCCGGCCGCGGGGGAACCCGACGCGCGGCCGCUCGCGCUGUCCCGGAUGUUCAACGAAAUCGUCGCGUCGGCGAGCGCGGAGACGACACGGUGCAUGCAGUGCAUGUACGACAUCAAGAUCGAGAGCCGGCGGCGUAUCGCGCGGGUCUACCCGCCGCUCUACGCGAGCUACGCGCACGGCGCGCGGCCGCAGAUCCCGACGCUGGUCCCGAGCCGCCCGGGGAUGUCGGUCAUCGCGUUCCGGCCGAUUCUGCAGCCGGAGACCGCGAUGUACGGCGUCGCGAUGAUUGAUAUCCUCGACUUCAAGGACGUGAUGCAGGACGCGCGGGCGGUCGUGCUCAGGGGCAGGAAGGAUAUCAAUCUUACUAUAGAGAUCGCAGGCUUCCCGCCGCUUGCCAAGCAGCUGGCGAGCAACUGUGAGCACCGUCCGGUCACGCGCUUCAAUCUCGCGUACAGCAUCGCGGAGGCGUUCCUGGGCCACUUCAUGGGUAACAAGUUCAACGAGAAGCUCGCGGCCAACUCGCCCGGUGUGCAUGCGCGUGCGAUCACCCAGCUGCGUCUCGUGAGCAUCUAUACGACGGACAAGGUCAACUAUCGCGCGCAUCUGGCUUACGUGCUCUGAGUUUUUGCUGUCUAUACUUGCGCGGAACAAUACAGAUCGACAACUGAUCUAACUACUAUGAUAUGCUUUGUAAAUUAUCAGAACCAAAUGAGCUGUAGUCUUUUAUGCUCGUG